UCAUCUUUCAUCUUACACCGCUCCUGCUUAUCAGGAGCGUCUGAUCUUCAUUUGCCGUCUCACGUUAACGCGUCCGGUUGACGCGCAUCUCGUCGUUAAUUAUCGUUUUAAUAUCUCUGUAUAAACUAAGCAUCUUUCACGUACUUCGACGCCGUGCCGUGAUGAAUUUCUCCCUCCGUCACAAACUCGGGCGAAGCGGAGCGCUGCUGGAACACAAUUAGCUCGUUUUGCGCGUGUAUGUGUGUAAACGUGUACGUGUGUCCAGCCGAACCCGGUCCGGAACAUGAACGCGCCGCUGUGUCGCGUGCCGUGCUGAAGUGGCGGGCCGCACGAGCUGAAAACGGCGCGAGUCUUGCGCUUCUCCUGGUGUUAGCUUGAAUACUGCUAACGGGCCUUAAAAACCCAUCCUGGUCUGAUCUACACAGUCCGAUCCAAACAUCUGUCCGAGCUUUAAAAGGAUCAUUCAGAGGGGGAGACCAUGGCCGCCCGUUUGACCGCAGAAGAAGAGCAGGCCACCAAACAGUUUUUGGAGGAGAUCAAUAAAUGGACCUCCCAACAUGGUGUCUCGCCGCUGUCCUGGGACGUGGCGGUGAAGUUUCUGAUGGCCCGCAAGUUUGAUGUCCUGCGAGCGAUCGAGCUUUUUCAUAGCUACAGGGAGACUCGUAUGAGAGAGGGAAUUGUCAAACUGCAGCCGCAUGAGGAACCUUUACGCUCCGAGCUGCUCAGUGGAAAGUUCACCGUUCUGGGUGUCCGUGACCCAACUGGAGCGUCCAUCGCCCUGUAUACAGCUAAACUGCAUCAUCCCAGCAAAACAGGAAACCAUGUGGUGUUGCAGGCCUUGUUUUAUCUGCUGGACCGAGCCGUGGAGAGUUUUGAGACUCAGAGAAAUGGACUUGUUUUCAUUUAUGACAUGGCCGGAUCCAACUACACAAACUUUGAAUUGGACCUGAGCAAAAAGAUCCUUAACCUACUCAAGGGCGCAUUUCCGGCACGUUUGAAGAAAGUGCUCAUUGUCGGGGCUCCUGUGUGGUUCAGGGUGCCGUAUAACCUACUGAGCCUCUUACUGAAGGAGAAACUCAGAGAACGGGUCCAAAUGGUGAAGAUGGCCGACCUGCGACAGCAUCUUCCCAGAGACUGUUUACCUGAACAUCUGGGCGGCUGCCUGCCACUGGAUGUGCACAGCUGGAACCUGCAGCUGCUGUCCGAGCAGAACGGGCGCGUGGACCCCGUGGAUGAGCUGGUGGGAAUUCCUCUGGAGAACGCCUCCAUACACAUCCCCGGACCUGAAGGGAUGGGUCUGCCCGAGCUCAUGGCCCACCUGAACCGGGCCCAGCGCAGUGGAAUCUACAUGGAGUACGAGGAGAUCCGCAGAGAGCAGCCACCUGGAACCUUCUCAUGUGCAUUGGCUCCUCACAACCAAGAGAGGAAUCGAUACGGUGACGUCUUGUGUCUAGAUCAAACACGUGUGCGUCUCAAAGCGAGAAGAAAUGAGAGAUCAGACUACAUAAACGCCAGCUUUAUGGACGGAUACAAACAGAAACGAUCAUAUAUUGGGACUCAGGGCCCGCUGGAGAAAACGUAUGGGGAUUUUUGGAGAAUGGUUUGGGAGCAAAGUGUGCUUGUUAUCGUCAUGACAACAAGGACGGAUGAGGGCGGUCGGAGGAAGUGUGGACAGUACUGGCCGCUCGACGAGGGCGGUCAGGAGGUGUACGGAUACAUCGCCGUGGUCAAUCACAAAGUGGACAACCACGCGCAUUACAACCAAACCACACUGGAACUACACAACACAGAGACGUUUGAACAGAGACUGGUGACUCAUUUCCAGUUCCUCAGCUGGCCUGAUUACGGCGUCCCAUCUUCCGCCGUGUCUCUAAUUGACUUCCUGGGCGCUGUGAAGCGGCAGCAGCAAUGGGCCGUCCAGGCUCUCGGGUCACAGUGGAGGGGUCACCCGCUCGGGCCGCCCAUGGUGGUCCACUGCAGUGCUGGGAUCGGAAGGACCGGUACGUUUUGUGCAUUGGACAUCUGUCUGUCCCAACUGCAGGACGUCGGGACCCUCAACAUUUGCCAGACGGUCCGACGGAUGAGAACGCAGCGUGCCUUUAGCAUCCAAACGCCUGAGCAGUACUAUUUCUGCCACACCGCAAUCCUCGAGCAUGCCCAGAGACAGGGUCUGCUUUCUGCCAAUCAGUAAGCGGCGCCACCCACUCGUAGCCAAUCAGAGAAGCGAAGGGCAAAUUUAAAACGUACAGAGCCUCAUCAAAGCCAAGGAGUAAAAGAUAGGGCCGGCUGUCACCUAAUCUUAACAAAGGGCUUGUGCGGGGUCCACCAGUGAUUUUAUUUGGGAUAAUUAUUAUUCUCCUGUGGGCGGCCCAAUCAGAUCGCUGGGUCUUAGAUCUCUGCUACUAGCCAAUCAAAAGCCGGCUUUACUAGUUGGAUAUUUCUAUUAUCUUCUUUAAAUGGUUGGCAGGCUAAAUAGUAACCUACUGUAUGAGGUAAUAGUAACCCCUACUGUAUGAGGGGACGUCUGUGAGUGGUCCAGCUGUUAUGUGUGUCUGUAAUGUUGUUUAAAUUUCAGGUUCGUCUGUGAUUUUUGUCAGGUCGUGUAUUUUACAUGAAGCUUCAAAUCUGCUUCGAAUCUCAGACAAUGAUUGGAAGGUUUUCCUGAUAAAUUACUGUAAUGAUUAAAGAAAAACUUGACGUUUGCUUUAAAAAUACAAUUUGCACGGGACUCAUAGACUGCUAUUUUGUAACCUAUAUUUCAUUCCUCAUUCAAGUUAUGAUGCUUCAGACCAAUAACCGUCCUCCCACUUCUAAUAUUUACUUAUUUUUUGCCACCAUUAACUCUUUUUUUAAUUAUUAUUUUUUUUAUAUAAAUGGUCUGACUUUCUUUAAUCCCCUGCAACAGAUAAAGUUUAGCAGAAAAUACUGGGUGUGCUCUUGUAUGCAAAAUAAAUAUAAUAUAAGUAAAUAUGUACAAAUCGCUAGUAAGAUUCUACACUGUAAAAAUUCCUUGUCGCUCUUAAAUUUUUAAGUUUAAUUAACUUAGUUUUAAUUAACUUUUUUCACUAUUGAGGAAUUGCUAUAAAUUCUAAAAAUGAAGUUAAGCUAACUAAACUUUAUUUUUAUCAUUUAUAGCAACUCCUCACUAGUCAAGAAAGUUGAAAUGAACUGUAAAUUCAAGUUCAUUAAAUUUAAAAAAUGUAAGUGCAGCAAGAUGCAAGUUAAAGGUAUAGUUCACCCUAAAAUGAUAAUUUUUUUCUUAAAUCACGUCGUUCUAAACCACCGAGUGCUUCGAUUGUCUUCAUAACACAUAAAUAUUUUUGAUGAAAACCAGGAGGCUUUUGUUUGUCCCAUUGACUUCAGUUAGUUUCACAAUCCGUUUCCCAGAAAAGAAUGAAAGACAUCGCCUGUUCUCUUGCUGGGGUGGGAAAUAACUGAUGAAAUGAGAAAAAAAAAAUUCUGUUACCUUUCUUAUAUACUCAAAACAAUAAAUACAUUGUUCAAAAAAAAAAGAAAGACAUCGCCAAAAAGUCCCAUGUGCCAUCAGUCAUUUAAUAAUAAUAUUAUAAAGCGACGAGAACACUUUUGUGUGCAAAAAAAUAAAAAAUUGUAUUCAACAAUUUAUUUUCCUACUUCGUUGUUUAGAGUACGUUCACGACCAAACUAUGGUGCUUUUAUGCUGAAGUUGUUGCCAAUGUUUGUUUUUUUAAGCAUUAUGCAAACAUCGUAAACAAUACUCAAACAGCUCGUAUAAAUGUGCAAAUUACUUGCCAGCGUAUUCUGUGUGAGAACAAAUUGUUGAAUAAAAUUGUUUGUUUUGUUUUCUAUGAGCACAAACGUGUUCUCGUCGCUUCAUAAUAUUAUUAUUGAAUUACAUUGAAGUUUGGUGACGUCUUUCAUUCUUUUCUGGGAAACGGAUUGUGAAACUAACUGAAGUCAAUGGGACAGACAAAAGCCUCCCGAUAUUCAUCAAAAAUAUUUAAAAACUGUGUUCUGAAGACAAUUUAAGCACUUGGUGGUUUAGAACGACACAAGGGUAAGUUAUUUAUGAUAGACUUAUCAUUUUUGGGUGAACUAUCCCUUUAAGUUCAAAUGACAAGAUUUGUGGCAUUAUUAUAAUUUAGACUUGUGUCUAUCUUAUACACUGCAAAAAAUUAUUUUCAAGUAAAACUUCUUAGUAUUUUUUUCUUGUUUUCAGUAAAAAUAUCUAAAAAUUCUAAAAUUAAGAUGCUUUUUCUUGAUGAGCAAAACGACUCAAGGAAAUAAGUCUAGUUUUUAGACCAAAAAUAUUAAAUUUAAGUGAUUUUGUGCAUUAAAAAGCAAAACAAUUCUGCCAAUGGGGUAAGCGAAUUUUUCUUAAAUUUAGUGUUUAAGAAAAAUUGUCAAGAUUUUUUGCUUGUUUUAUGCAUAAAAUCACUUACAUUUUAAUAUUUUUGGUCUAAAAACUAUACUUAUUUUCUUGGGUUGUUUGGCUUAUCAAGAAAAAGCAUCUUAAUUUAAGAAUUUUUAGAUAUUUUUAUUGAAAACAAGACAAAAAUACUAAGAAAAGUUUUUCUUAAAUAAUUUUUUGCAGUGUAUUGAUUAUUAAAAUGAUGGUUACACUAUAAGGCACUUACAAAAGAAGUGAAUCGUGUCAGCCCCCCAAAAAAGAUGCUUUUUACAAAAAUAAAGCAUUAUACAUAUUAAUACGGUUUUAAACACUUUGGUGUCCAAAGUAAACUUUCUAGUGUUGCAUAAUUUGGAAAUAAAGUUUGGAUAUAACAGAUAAUUUUAUCUUACUCAAAUUAAGAUACACAAAUUUUAUUUUGGGUACACUUUUGAACGAGUAAAUGAUAACACCGUUUGAUGUGCAUUGCUGUUGUAAGUGCCUUUUUAAAAUUAAAGGGAUAAUUCACCAAAAAAUUAAAAUGAUGUCAUUUACUCACCCUUAGGUUGUUCCAAACCUGUUUUGAUGUCUUUUUUCUGCUGAACCCAAAUUAAGAUAUUUUAAACUUUCUUAAUAACCAAACAGAUCUGGGGCACCAUUCACUUUUUCCUACAAUGUAAGUCAAUGGUGCCCCAGAUGGGCUUGGUUACAAACAUUCCUCAAAAUAUCUUUGUAUUCAGCAGAACAUAGUAAUACAUAAAGUUUGGAACAACAUGAGGGUGCAUAAAUGAACUAUCCCUUUAAGGUAUCCCAGUUAAAAAAACGCUUUUCGUAAAAAUGUGCCAUAAAUGUUGUUUGACCUUUAACUUGCAUUAAACCAAGGGUGUCCUUUCAAUUUGGCUCUAGAAGUACAUGAAAGAUAGCACACAAAUCAUAUAAUCCAAUUUAGAUUUUUUCCAAUUUUAGAUCUGGUCAAAAUCUGUUCACUUAUGCUAAAGAGCUGUCUUUUCCUUGGAAAAACUCACUUCUGGUGUUGUAUCCCAUUAUGCAGUGGAUUAGACGCAAGACACACUAGAGAUUAUGCAUUUGCUGGAACUAAAUCAAGACUGAAUCAUUUCUUUAUUCCCUCUGUAUUUUGUCUUUGAGGAUGUUUUUGUAGUUGUAAGACCUAUGCAGUUGAGGAUGGUGAGCUGGAGAACAGAACUAAACUUGGUUCUGGACAUAGAAAAUGUUGCAUCAAUUCUUACAGCAUCAGACCACAAUAGUCUUCAUUAAGUGUGAUGUAAAUGUGAGCCUGCUACAUGGAGUCAUUUACACGUUGUAAUAACUCUGUCUAUAUUGUACUAAUAAUAACCUGUUUAAAAUUGUAUCUAAAAGUGCAUUUAGAAUCGCUUUUUAUUUUGCUGUGGGGUUCAAGAGUCUUUGCUACUGAAUUCAUAUUGAAUUUGGUUGUAGUAAACACACUCCAAAUGAUUUCAGGAUCUACAGUCCUGCCUCAAUGGGCACAAAAUGUGACCAGUUGUAUUUUUCUAUUAUAUUCAAGUUGUACGUCUUUACUUAUUACUCCCAAAAAUAUAUGUAAAUUAUAUUUUCUUUUAUAUCCAUUUUCAGUGAAAUCUAACUAACCUAAAAUGUUAAGCUUGCCUAUCAAUAUGUUUGCAGCGGUUUUCUUGUAGCGAUAAAGUGAUUUUGCAGGUAAAGCGCCUUAGUCCACAUGUGUGGAUUGAGUGAAAGUUGGUGAAAGGACUGUCUGCUCAUUUCAGCUGCCCUAAUGUCUGUAUGUCUCUGAAAAAAAGAUAUGUCCAAACUGUAAUGUCAUUUUAGCAAAAACAUGUUUAUUAAAUGGAAGAAUCACUUAUUGAUC